UAAACAGACAGAAGAAACUCAAAAAGUCUCUUUAAGGAAAGUCAUGUCACUCGGCGGCCAUAUUUGUAACGCUGUCGGGCAGCUUUUCAGUCAUACAAGACCAAGUCCUAUCUACAUAAAUGAGAGAAGACCUAGAUCUUUCAAAUCGCUUGCUACGGCCACACGAAAACAUAAUGUUUCCAACCAACAAUUUAAUCUGACAUUAAUUGUACCUGAAAAUUGGUUUCUAAAGCUCAAAUUGCGCUAAAUAAACCACUUCAGUUUGUUUUAUUUAUCAAAGAGCUCCUCCUCCAGAAAAGCGUCAAUCGCUAGCGAUUAAUUGAUUGGCUGUUUUUACUAGAAGGCGGGACUUUCUUUGCUAGAGCGUUGCACUUUCCCCACACACAAGAAUAGAAUUGCGGCGCGUCGUUAAUAUAUAUAAUCUUUGAUCGUUUUAACUUAACUUUGUACGUUGAACCUCUGUUUAAAUGUUCUCCUAAUAAAUGAAUACAGUAUUAUGAACAGAAAUAUGGAGAACUUUAGCACACUGUUUGCUGUUGUGUCAGGCGUGUCUGGGGUUUAUCUUUGUUAUUCGCUUUACACUUCUCACACAUUAUUUCAAACAAACACAGUGUUUGACGGAAGAAAAGCUCUGCCAGGAUCAGUUUACCUCAUGAUCAGAUACAUUCAUCAGUCUCUCCGCAAAAAGAGAGGACAGGUGAGAAAAAUCAACGACACAAACCACGAGCUUGUUUUCACUUUGAUUAACUGCAGAUUUUUUUUGUUUCAGGUAUGAUGUGGUGUCUUUGAGGAAGUUCUGCAGUCUUGUAGGUUAUGGUUGGGAUUAUCCUGACAGUGUUUUCAGAGAUGUGCCCUUGUGUUACCCUCAGUUUCUCUUCAGAAGAUUGAUCAGUAUGAUUGUGUGCUCAGAUAAGUUCAGACUCAGUCCCCAGGGUCUGUUGAGUGUCCGUCAAAAGGUGAUUGUACCCGAGGCAGUAGAUGAGCUGAAGAAAGGUCCGUUUAUGCUUCAGGCUCAAAUAUUGGAGUAUCGGGCUGUUAAUGCAGGUGUGGAGGUGGAUCUUUCUUUAAAAGCAUCCAGAGAUCAGCAGCUUAUAUGGAGCAGCACACUGACUCUCCUCUCUCCUAACGGCACAUACAAACCCCAUGCUCAUCCUGACACGGAGGGCACACACGAUCUGACCUCAUUGAGGUCCAUCAAUUGCGCUGUUCCCUGGAUCACAGGUGUAAAGUGUGCCUGGGUGUUUGGUGACUUCUGCUCACUCUCUGCAUCUCUUUUGGGCUUCACACGCCUCACGGUCCCCUCGCUGUGGAUGUUCGCCAGGUGCAUGGCAGAGAUAGAAAAACAGAAAGGAGUUGAAGUGGUACGAGCUCCUCUGACUGUAUCUGUUCAAUACAUGAAGCCUCUGUCUUUACCGAAUCAAGUCACCAUUAUAUUCAGUGAUAUCACAGACACUGAACCAUCAACGACAUCAGCGUUUUCACUGGUGGACAACCGGACCAGAAACCUGUACAUCUCAGGAAAGAUUCGAAGACAAUCAACAUGA